UACCUUCCUAAUAUUACAAAAAGGGGUGGGGUGUACAAUAUUCUGGAUUAAACUCCUAAUUGGAACAAAUUUGACUAAAUGUCAACUGAAUCUUGCUAAUUAGGAGAACCCUGAGGAUUAUGACCCAUCUACUUAAGCUAAAUCUCUUCCUCUGAGAAUUAUCUUCCAAGAAACAUUGUUAAAGUCAUUCUGAGGAAUGCAGUGCCAAGUUGAUCACUACUUGAUCUAACUAAUUUUGUCCUGUGGAGUUCUGCGCCUGUUUACUUUUUUCUGAAAAGUGUAUUGUCUGUCCACUCUGCUUUUGGUCAUCUUCCAGAUAUUUCUCAAGGAAAAUCUUUUUGUGAGGAACACUGUAACCACCAUCUCUAUCCUUUCGGUGGAUUAAUUAAGUGUUUGCAGGCCAAAGUGCUUCUGAACACAAAAGCUCUCGGAUUCUCUGUCUUGCUAAAAUGUGUUAAUCGGGAAUUGAUAUGUUCAGUGUACACCAAGUAUACAUCAGCCAUCAGUCUUCCCUCAUUUUCUCCUAAGGAUACAAUGUCUUGUACCGCACCAGUGCCCCAAAUCGAAGUGGAAGAAUCAAUUGAACGUGGACAGGCCAGCCAGGUAGCCCAACACGAUGAUCACCUAAGGAGCCUCAAGGCCCUGACCCAAAAGCUGAGGCUGGAGACCAAAAGGCCCUCGUAUCUGGAGUGGAGGGCUCAGGUGGAAGCACACAGCUCCAAGGACCUCAAACUACUGGGGGAUGAGGCUCCUAAAGAAGAGUGGAGAGCCAGGGAGGGUGCUGUGGGCUCCUUCAGACGGUCUCAGCGACACCUCCUCAGCAGCAGUGUGGUCAAGGAGGAGAGCCAAAGCACAGGGAACCUGAAGGGCUUUGGGAGUAUUGAUGAAGCUCUAAUCUGGCUCAGAAAAGAAUUGACUGAAAUGCGGCUUCAAGACCAGCAGUUGGCUCGGCAGCUGAUGCGUCUGUGUAGCGACAUCAAUAAGCUGAAGAUUGAGCAGACCUGCCACCUGCACAGGAAGAUGCUCAACGACGCCACCUAUGAGCUGGAGGAGCGUGACGAACUGUCAGACCUGCUCUGUGACUUCCCCCUCACGCCAGGCUUCAGCCUUUCCACCCCACUCAAGCUCAUUGGUGUCACCAAAAUGAACAUCCACUCACGUCGCUUUUCUCUUUGUUAGCCUUCCCAGCGUCAGCAAGCCACCCCUUCUGUGUACACGACACUGUCCCCAUGUGUGUUGUGGAGGGUUCAUUACAGUUCUUGUUUUAAAUCUGCAUCAGUUGUCCUCAAUGUAAAUGUGCUGUGCUGGUUUUAUAUAUAUAUAUAUAUAUAUAUAU